GUUCUCAGAAGGACUGCUUGCAUCAUGCAGGAGCCAUACUCGUUAUCAUAUCAGGGCCCGCCCGCCGGAGGAGCCUCUUCCACUCUUUUCGGGGGAAAUGAUUUCUUCACUUCGGAAAUCCGGAAGAGUGCUAGGCAAGGCCGCCCGCGGUACGAUUUCUUGUCUUUUCUCGAGGCGGCGCAACAAAACGACGUAGAUUUUCUUGCCAUCACCUGGCAAGAUGCUCUCGACGUUCUCGGCAAAGGUGCCACGGCAGAGGUCCGACAGUCGCUCGUCAAUUUGCAGAUGAGCUUUGCCUUCAAGCGCCCGCUGUCCCACUAUACUUCGGUCGACGAGGAUGCCCUUUACGGCUGGCUCGUUCGUGAAGCCACAAUCUUGCGGCAUCCAGCCGUCCGACGUCACAGGAAUUUGUUGGAUCUAGAGGGCGUGUGCUGGGACCCUUCAGUGUCCGAUAAGUCUUUACGGCCGGUGCUUGUUUUCAAGCGAGCAGAAUACGGAGAUUCGCGCGAGUUCAUGGCAAGUGAAGAAGGCCAGGCGAUGAGUUUGGCGGACCGGAUGUCUUUUGCGAGCGACGUCAUUGACGCUGUGAUCUCUCUCCAUAAAGCCACACAGAAAGACAUUAUACAUGGAGACAUAAAGCCACAAAAUGUCCUUGCCUUCAAGGAUGAAGACGGAUCGCCGUUCCCUCGAGUCUCAGAUUUUGGAUACUCGUCCCUAGUCCUCGCGCAAGAUGGCUCCGCAGCCUUACCCGUGUCUCGGCCGUGGAACGCUCCAGAAGUCGUGCACCACGCACGCAUUUGGUCGUUUGAUGAAGCAAAAGGGGCUGAUGCAUACUCCCUAGGCUUGCUCUGUCUAUGGUUGCUGUUUGGCGACAAGCUAAAUGCCGAAUAUGGCACAGGCGAUGAAGAACUGUUCUUCUCCGAACACGGAAUUAAUCUUGUCCAGCAGUGGAAGAAAGACGGACAGGUGGUCCGAAUUGCUACUCGAAUGGUCAGCAUUGAGGGAAGCAUGGCUGAAACCGAGCGGGAGGCUUGGCAGUCCUUCUUCGAAGCUGCAUUCAUGCAAGAUGGGCUCGCGCGAUCUGUAGUGUUCAUCACAUCGCGGGAAGCCUCCGAAGGCCAGCCCUGGGCUCAUCCUUCUAUGGACGUACACGCAGGUAGUUCGGUUCAGCAUGUUCCCACGGCGCCGCCGAGAGACUUCAGAAUCACCUCCGACUUCUUACAGCUGGUGCUGUCCCACUAUCGACUACGUCGGCUCAUCAGAGACGGCCUGGAAGAGCGCGCUGAGCAUGUGGUCCAUGUGGAAAUCCGGAGAAAUGCUGCGUUCCAGUUAGCCGUCUGUUACUCUAUCGGAUUUGGUUGCCCGCGGAAUGAAACGGACGCUCAGAAGUGGCUCACGGUGUCCGGAAUGUCAAUGGGCCUGCUUUCCUCCACCAUAUCCGCGCUGAAAGCCGAGCAAGAUAUCAGUUACAAGAACGAGAGCAUUUCCCAGCUCGUCCGAAACGGAAAUUUGCAGAGCCUUGAGUAUGGGUUGGAGUAUCGUCAUGAGCCUUCUCUACAGCUAGUCGAAGAAGAAUACAACCGAGAGAUCAGUGAUCUCUCAGCGGCGUUAGGGUCUGAUCAUGCCGGAGUUCUGAACUUGCGCAUGAUCCUGGCCAGGCUGUUGAUUGAUCAAGGGCGCUUUCCUGAAGCGGAGCAGACAGUCAGGCAAACAUUGGGAGGGUACACGAGACGUUUCGGACCGGACCAUCAAGAGACCCUGCGUUGCAUCAAUGUUCUGGCAAACAUUCUGGAGCAGAACGAUAUAUUCAGUGAGUCAAAGACGUUGCAUCAAGAAGCUUUAGAACGACGGACCCAUCUUUUAGGUCCCAAUCACUUGGAGUCGUUGGAGAGUGCGCGACAACUUAGCGUCGUCUUGCAAGCGCUUGGGGAGUAUGAAGAGGCCGAGUCGAUGGCACUCCGAGAUUUAGAAGGCCGUAUGAGAGUACUAGGAGAGAGGCACCCCGAUGUCUACGAAAGUAUGGCCAACUUGGCCUCGAUUGUGCAAGACAUGGGCCGGUUAGAUGACGCGGUAGACUGGAACGAACGCGCGUUGCGGGGACGGAGGGACGUUCUGGGAAAUGAACACCCGCAGACUCAAGUCAGCAUCAGCAACCUAGCCUCGGCCUUGCAGGAAAUGGAGUCAUAUGAACGGGCCGAGGAACUCUUCCGCGAAGAUCUGGAACUCAGCAGACGUACCCUUGGGGACGAGCAUCUCGACACCAUAGCUUCCGUUAGUAACCUUGGUAACCUCUACAUUGACAUGAAAAGGUACCAAGAGGCCGAAGAGCUGACACGAGAGGCGCUGGCGAUGGGUGAAAAGGUACAAGGCCAUGACCAUUCAGCGACGCUCAUAUCGAGAAACAACUUGGCUCUAGUCUUAGAGAGGACAGAGCGGUAUGAGGAAGCAGAAGAGGUGUGGCGUGACGUCCUUCUCCGCAGAGAAAGACUAUUCGAGCCCAACAACCCCAUCAUAUCCACGAGUAUCAGCAAUCUCGCUCAAAACUAUGUCCACCAAGGCCGUCUCCAAGAAGCAAUGGAUUUGCACGAAAAAGUUUUACAGCUUAGGAAAGCUCAGUUGGGGGAAACCCAUAUCUUCACUCUAGAAUCCAUGGCCUACGUUGGUCACAUUUUAAGGGUAUGGCAUAGGUUCUCUGAAGCCGAGAAUCUAUUACGCACCGUUCUACGUACACGGAUCUCCAAGCUCGGCUAUGAUCAUUCCGAUACCUAUGAUGCGUUGGGAGCCUUAGUAAGUGUACUACAUGAUCAGGGAAAAGUGGGAGAAUCACAGGAGGAAUUUAAUCACUUUCUGGAAGCGCAAAGGGCUGAGGACUCGGAUGGAGGGGUCUAGUGCAUUCCUCAAGAAUUGAGUCAAUUUUCGUAGUGGCCCUCGAGUUCACUCCGUUACUUCAUCUUCCUCCAGUGUUCAUAUAGACUCCUACGAAAACCACGCGAUCAGGUCCACAGACAGCCUUUCUCUUAGCCUCAAGAUCCUACCACACAAGCCGGGCAACGGAUGGG